UUCCUCUUCUUCCUCAUGGUGAUCCUCGGCCUCUCCCUACUCUUCCCGCUGUAGAUGGCUCUUUUUCUUCAACUUGCCAGCAACUCUCUUCCCUUCUCGGAUCACCAUAGUCACCAUCCUUUGUGGACUCUAAAGCUUUUCAUCUCACCAAUCCAUUUCUCUCUCACCUUCUCUUCCCCCGAUUCCCCCUUCCCUAAAAACAACCAGUAACUAUCUCUCAAAAAGCCACCGGUGACCAUCUUCUUUCUCCUUCUCCUUCUCCAAUCGUGGGUUCCAAACCUUCUUAUCUCAACAUUUUCGACUUCCUUCCACGUCAAAGCCCCAUGUUUUAGUCAAUCGGAAAACUAUCAUCUCACACCCACCUUCUCGAACCAUUUUCCACAAGCCAACAUAAUCCCUAUCGGCGAGUGAGCACCGGAAUUGGAGAAAAGAGAACCAGAUCUACCAAUUGGCGACGGAGGUGUUGCUCACACGACACCAACGAGAAGAUGCCAUUUCUAAAAAAUCAAGGCCCAGAUUAUUUAUAAAGGCUAGAAAGUGGAGAUCCAAAUGGAAGAGCUUCGUCAAAUAUGGGCUUGAUUCCCGCACAUUCUGUUUUCCUCGAGAGCUGGCUGCAAGACUUUGCGCUGGCUUUGGAUAUUCUUCAAAAGAAUCGACCGGUGUGCAUUAAAUGCGCCCUCAGAGUCGGCUAUAAAGUUGGAGCCGGCUUUGCUUCCAUUUUCCGCGCGCGCCAACACAGCAGUUGAAUUUUUGGCCCGUAGAGCCGGCUCAACAAAAUCUGCAACCGGCUCUCUGCACUUUUGCUUCCCAGAGCCGGCUGCAAUUUUCGUAAGCCGGCUCUCUGCACAUUUUUACCCUUUGAGCCCUUUUUAAUGCAAUAUCAUUUUGCUUACUUUGCAGUAUAUUGGCAAUUUAACUACACACUUAAAUAAAUCAAUUAGUCACUCAAAUGUGUUUUGUAAUCAUCAAAAUCAUAGGUACAACAAUCUCCCCCUUUUUGAUGAUGACAAAACACUUGGAUCAUAAAAGCAUAUAUACUUC